GUACCUGUUCUCUAGCACAGCGACCGAGACACCUGUCAAACAGAAAGACUUCCCCUCUGCUUGCAGCAGCCACACUCAGAGGGACAUUUUUGGCUGAGCUGGGUGGACGUUGUUCUGGUGGAUAUAGUGAAAGCAGGUGGCUUUAAAGGAAACAAAGAGGAACCUCCAAAAUAAACAUGUCAACAGAGGGGGACAAAGCAGCUGUGUUUCGUACCACCAAAGUGCGCACUAAGAUCAAGGGAGACAGCAGCUGGUUGCAGCGCCACAGUGAACCUCAGGCGGCGACCAAAGAAGAAAAACCAUGGAUAGCAGAGGUAAGGGCCUACCGUGUGAACGGAGCCCCUGUGGACACCAGUCCAGUGACAUCACCGACAAAAUCCACGUCGCUACCCAAUAAGUCUGACAGUGAAAGAGCUCCAACAUCAGGAUACCUGAUCAGAGGCGUUUUCACUAAACUAGACGAUUCUGCUUCAUCCUCAACUUCUAACGGCUUUAGUGGAACAACACAAUUAAUCAAAAAACCUUCGGAGAGCUAUAAGAAAAUAGCCCCCUACACUCUGAGGUCCACUUCAGAUAACCAGGAGGAUGAGCUUAGCAAAGAGGAGCAGGAGAAACGGACGGAGGCAGCCAGCAGUGUUCUGAAGAAAUCUGCAGUCAGGCAACGGUCUUAUGUGCUUUCUGCUGCGAAGAAAUUCGAGUCUAAAGAAGAAGCACCUGACACCUCGUUGGACCAAAGCAGUUUAUCAUUUGUGGCUAAAAGGGUGGAAAUUACUGAUGAUGAUGAGAAUGCUGAGAAUCCAGCACCUACCAGCACUCCACCGCCAUCUCCGGUUGUCCCCGUCGCAUCUGUUGUCUCUGCACCUGAGCCCAAACCACAGAAUAUAGUCGACAACAGCGUUAAGACAGCUGUUAAUGUCACCGUUAAUGAAUCUGUGGAGGAGGAGGAGGAGGAGGAGGAGGAGGAGGAGAAGCCGAAGCCUUCUCCGGAGCCUAUGAGAGAAGAACCCUCUCCAGUGUCCACUACAGAAACAGACCCAUUUGAACACAUGAAACCAGGGUGCACUAAGGUGGCCACUCCUCUCCCUGAACUCAUCCCUGAGUGUGUUCUAGCAGUCUGCACAGUGCCAGAACCUGAGGACUCAGAUGUUUCUGGGAAAGUUGACGCACCUCUGAUCGAACUCGCCCCAGCGUUGCCAACCCCAUUAUCACCUACUACAGUAUCCCCUGCUCCAGAUUCAACCGUCCCAGAAUCACCUGCACCAGUGUCUGCUGAAACCGAGAUCACAGUGAAGACUGAGCCAGAACCAGAACCAGAACUGUAUCCAAAGCCAAGCUCCAGUGUUGACACGCUCACCGCCUUGUCAGAUACUCUCAUUUCUUUCGACACAAGUUCAACCAGCUUUAAGGAUGAUGAGCCAGCGCUGCCAGAGGAAGAGGAAGGCUCAGCGGACAGCUGCACCACAGAGAAUGGUGUUGAAGAGGAGCCAGUUCCGGUGACAGACGAUCUCCUGGCUCUCAGUGAUGGUCCAGAGACGUCAGCAGAGCCUGUUCCCCCCAGUCCAGGACGCUGGAGCCAGGAUCUGCUUAGUGGUCUAGACAGUGAGUCAGACCCAGCAAAGACCAGUGGCACCCUGGAUCUCUUGGCUAAUGAUGUCAUCCCAACCAACACAGAGGAGGGCAGCCUCAGCAUGCAGCAAGAGGAGGAGAAACAGACAGAUGAGACGUCCAAAGAAAUGCACAGCUCCACAGAGACAGUCACUACAUACACCAAUACUGUGAUCAGUACUGACAAAAGCGAGGAGGACAAUGCAGAUCCCAGGAGCUCACGUGUGACAACCACAGUGACUGAAUCAAGCUCGACUGAUCCGUUUGAUCCAUAUCCGAUAGGGACCACAUCCCCUAACAGCUCCUCUGACCUGCUCCUGCCCAUCUCAGAUAUUUCCAUCAACAGUGCAUCACCUACUUCCACAGAGACCAAAGAUUCUAACCCAGAAACCAACAUGAGCAGUAAUGCAUUGGAAUCCCUUGCAGAUGAUGUCAUCCCAAUCAACACUGACACCACGAGCACUCAGCGGUCAUGGGCACACACAUGGGAGACCAGCACACCUCAGCAGGCCGACACAGAAGAGAGCCAAGAAGCUGAACCAGAAGGCCAAGAUGAAGAUCAAAAGAUGCUGGUCAUGUUUGAGAGAAAGUCCACUGAGAAUGACUCCCCAUGGGACAGGUGGACAUCACCCAUUGUCUACACUAUAACUACUGAAGAGGAUGAAGAUGAGGAGGAGGAUGAAAGUCCCGAGGAAGCAGAGACGGAGACGGUCGCAAUCAUCACGACUAUCAGAGAGACACAGAGCGAGCCAGAGCCUACUACGGAUCGUUAUGAAACCAAUUCCAAAACCGUGACAGAAGACCAGCUUGUUCAAACACCAGAACUUGAGGCCAAAAAGGGGUUUGUGUAUGUGAAGGAAUAUGUCAAUGCAACAGAGAUGUCCUUGCAUAAUGCCAGAGACACAAUCGAUGGUGGGCCAGAUUAUUUGACAUCCAGCCCCUCCACUUACUCCAGUGGCUCACUGUCAUCCACCUGUACAUACUGCGGACAGCUGGUGGGCAAUGAUGCCAAGAUCUCCAUUGAGCACCUUAAUAUCAACUGCCACCCUGACUGCUUCAAGUGUGACGUGUGUAGUAAGCCAAUGGGAGAUCUUCUUGACAGUAUGUUCCUACAUGGUGGGAAAGUCAACUGCGAGAGCUGCUACUCCAGAGCCUUUGAGUGAUUCCUGGAGCUCUUUAACAGCCUCUUGCCCUCAUACUGUUCCCUUCACGUUCGUCUGCAUAUAAAGUGAGACCUGGCAAUUUACAAAGUUUGGAUUGUGUUUGGUUCAAAGGCAUGAUGUGCUUUACGUUGAUAAAGGAGACUUAUUGCAGUGUACAAAAUAAUGACUUGAUUUUUACAUAAGGUUAAAUUUCUAAUUUCUCAAAGUUGUUAUACAAGCUUGAGUUGUUUUUUUUUUUUUUUUCUUGGUGGUGAACGCUUUAUCUGCCUCCAUAAACUAUGAAGGACAUGUCUGUACAGCAACUGAACAGACUAAUGCUGGCAAGUGGGGUACAAUAUUAUAAUUUAGUGACAGUAGUUGUGCAAGAAACUUACUUUAUUACAAAAAGUUCUUUUGCUCUACUAGGUACAAAAUAGUGUGUUCACAUGUAUAAUGCUUUAAGAAAAUAAAAUGAUUUAUAUAAUCCUGA